AUGGCUGAAAACAAAGGAAGGAAUCCGGUGCCCCGAGAAAGCGCCCCUCGAUGGAGACGUUUCUUUGGCGGAAGAUCCAAUGACGAUGACGACAAUGAGGAAGAAACCUACCGAGCAAGGUCGACUUUGGGAAUUCUAAGUGAUAAACAGACGGACGAAGUACCUGGAACGAUUCUUCUGCUGUCUUCUAAUCGCAAUGAGCCUCUGGGAAUGAGGCAUCAGCCCCGACGAACAUCAACCUCAUCAAUUCACUCCUCCGCUCCCCCUUCCCGAUCUUCCUCUCGGUCUGUCGCUCCCCAGAAGAAACGAACGGCAGAUGGACAGAUAGUCCUUGAACCACAGCCGGACGACUCGGUGAACGACCCGCUCAAUUGGCCUGUGUGGCAGCGAGACGCGGCACUGUUCUCCUUGGGCUUUUAUUGUUUGAUGGGAGGAGGUAUGACCACGAUCCUGGCGGCUGGUUUCGACGACGUGGCCAAAUCCUACGAUGUGACCAAGCAGAAGGUGGCAUACACUACCGGUCUGUAUAUGAUGGGUCUUGGCAUUGGAUCCGUCAUCAUGUCCCCAACGGCCAUUCUGUUCGGCAAGCGGCCCGUCUAUCUGUUGGGCGCCGUUCUUUUCAUUGUGUCUGGCGUCUGGUGUGCCCUUUCACCCAAUUAUCCAAGCCUGGUCGUGGCUCGUAUCUUCCAAGGAAUCGCCGUCAGUCCGGUGGAGUGUCUUCCUUCUGCCACGAUUGCAGAGAUCUAUUUCCUGCACGAGCGUGCAUACCGGGUUGGUGUCUAUACCCUUUUGCUCCUCGGUGGAAAGAACUUGGUUCCAUUAGCUAGCGCCGCCGUGAUUGGCAGUUUAGGCUGGCGCUGGGUAUUCUGGAUUGUUUCGAUGAUUGUCGGUGCAUGUUUCUUCCUGUUGUUUUUCUUUGUCCCAGAAACUUUCUGGGAUCGCACCCCUCGGCCACGCAAGCACCACAAGCGCCCUCACAUGGGUAGAACCGUGUCUGGCCUUGUCUCACAUGGUUUCCGUGGUCGUCGCCCACAUCUUGAGCUUCCCAAUGAGUCUACCGAGGCCAAGGUGGAACCUGCGGCUGAUGUGCCACCAACUCCAAGAAAGGAGAAGCAUGCUCAUUUCACCUUUACGGACGAAGCAGGUAACGAGAAGGAGGCCCAUCAACCGAUGGAAGACCCUACAAUCCCCGGAAAUGUUUUAGGUCCCGUCGUCGAUGACAAUAUUGUUACCGAACCAUCUACCCGAGCCGCCGAGCGGAGCGAUGGUUUUCUUCAGCCACCUGCCUCAGCGUUCGUGGCACCCCAAAGCCCAGGGGAGAUCGAAGCUGCAUGGCGAGCGGCCCCGUCACCUUCACGUAGCGAAUCUCACUCACCGGGGAUGCAACUGCCGGCCACCCAGCAGUAUACCAACAGGCUUCGCGAUCGCCCUAAGAUUCCCUAUUCCCAAUUGCUGAACGUGUGGAAUGGCCGUAUUGCCCAGGAUAAGUGGGUCAAGGUUGCUAUGCGACCUUUCAUCCUAUUCGCUUAUCCCGCCGUGCUCUGGUCAUCCGUCGUGUAUGCUUUGUCAGUCGGCUGGUUGAUUGUGCUUUCCGAGUCCGUUGCAGUGAUCUACGAAAGCUCCGACCACUACGGUUUCACCGCACUUCAGACUGGUUUGAUCUAUAUCUCGCCGUUUAUUGGUGGCCUGCUCGGCACGGCCGUGGCAGGCAAGGUGUCGGAUAUCGUCGUGCGAUUCAUGACACGCCGUAAUGGCGGUAUCUACGAGCCCGAGUUCCGUUUGAUCAUGGCAAUUCCUAUCGCGCUCUCUACGACUAUCGGAUUGAUGGGCUUUGGCUGGAGUGCACAGCUAAUGGAUGCAUGGAUCGUGCCUACGAUCUUCUUUGGACUCAUUUCGUUUGGUUGCUGUCUAGGCAGUACUACCGCCAUCACAUUCUGUGUCGACAGCUAUCGCCAGUAUGCUGGAGAGGCUCUCGUUACUCUGAAUUUCAGUAAGAAUGUCCUCCACGGCCUUAUCUUCUCCCUCUUCAUCGUCAGUUGGCUCCAGUCCGAUGGUUCACGGACUGUGUACCUGGCCAUUGGUGGUAUCCAGCUAUUCUGUCUCUUGAUGACAAUCCCGAUGUACAUCUACGGCAAGCGGGCACGCAUGUGGACUGUGCGCAAGAGGCUGAUGGAACGUUUUUGA